GCAGCGCCGGCUCCCAAUCGCGCACAAUGAGACAGCGCUGAGCGCCGGAAGUGGGGCUGAAGGAAAACACGGAGAGGGAGCCCGGCCGGGACAGGAAGAGGCGGGGGGCCGCGGCGGAGGUGGUGAACAGGAAGAAAACUGAAGUCGAAGACCAUGGGAGAUGCCACAAAACCUUAUUUUGUGAGGCGUCCUAAAGAGCGAGGGACUACAGAUGAUGAGGAUUUCAGAAGGGGUCACCCUCAACAAGAUUAUUUAAUAAUGGAUGAUUAUGCUAAAGGCCAUAGCAGUAAAAUGGAAAAAGGCCUUCCCAAAAAAAAAGUAACACCAGGGAACUAUGGGAAUACCCCCAGAAAAGGACCGUAUGCUGUUUCUAGCAAUCCAUAUGCAUUUAAGAACCCAAUUUACAGUCAACCCACUUGGCUCAAUGACAACCACAAAGAUCAGAGUAAGAGAUGGCUCUCUGAUGAACUUGCCAGUAAUUCAGACAGUUGGAGAGAAUACAAACCUGGACCUAGAAUCCCUGUUAUAAACCGACCAAGAAGAGACUCUUUUCAGGAAAGUGACGAUGGAUAUAGGUGGCAGGAUGGAAGAGGCUGCAGAACUGUAAGACGACUAUUUCAUAAAGAGCUGACAAACCUGGACACCAUGUCAGAAAUGGAAGCGGGAAGCCCUGAAAACAAGAAGCCGAGGUCCAGACCUCGGAAGCCACGGAGAACUAGAAACGACGAAAAUGAACAGGAUGGAGACUUGGAAGGCCCUGUGAUCGAUGAGUCUGUGCUUUCAACGAAGGAGCUGCUGGGCUUACAGCAGGCUGAGGAGCGGCUGAAAAGAGACUGCAUCGACAGGCUGAAAAGGCGACCAAGAAACUACCCUUCAGCAAAGUACACCUGCAAACUUUGUGAUGUUUUAAUUGAAUCCAUUGCAUUUGCUCAUAAGCAUAUCAAAGAGAAGAGGCACAAGAAAAACAUUAAGGAGAAGCAAGAGGAAGAGUUGCUCACCACGUUACCCCCGCCUACACCCUCCCAGAUAAAUGCAAUUGGUAUUGCCAUUGACAGAGUGGUACAGGAGUUUGGCUUACACAAUGAGAACUUGGAACAGAGACUAGAAAUUAAACGUAUCAUGGAAAGUGUGUUCCAACACAAGUUACCAGAUUGCUCUCUGAGAUUAUAUGGGUCAUCCUGUAGCAGAUUUGGUUUCAAAAAUUCGGAUAUAAACAUUGACAUUCAAUUUCCAGCCAUUAUGUCUCAGCCAGAUGUUCUCUUACUUGUCCAAGAAUGUUUAAAGAACAAUGACUCUUUUAUUGAUGUUGAUGCGGAUUUCCAUGCUCGAGUGCCAGUGGUGGUGUGCAGAGAAAAGCAGAGUGGUCUUCUUUGUAAAGUGAGUGCAGGAAAUGAAAAUGCUUGUCUGACAACAAAUCAUUUAACUGCCCUUGGAAAACUAGAAUCAAAGCUGGUUCCUCUGGUGAUUGCAUUUAGGUACUGGGCAAAGCUUUGCAGCAUAGAUCGCCCUGAAGAAGGAGGUUUGCCACCUUAUGUGUUUGCUCUGAUGGCCGUUUUCUUUCUUCAACAGAGGAAAGAACCCCUUCUGCCUGUUUAUCUAGGAUCAUGGAUUGAAGGAUUCUCACUAGACAAAUUAGGAAACUUCAACCUUAAAGAAAUUGAGAAGAACUCUGUGGUCUGGGAAUACACUGAUAAUGUUGCAGGGAAUGUGGACUCAACAAAAGAGGAGGCACCAAAGGAAAUAGCCAUUAAAAGGGGACAGGUAUCAUUAAUAUUUGAUUCAAAACAGCAGCCUUCAGUACCAGUUGGGCAGCUCUGGGUGGAAUUGCUCCGAUUCUACGCUUUAGAAUUUAAUUUGGCUGAUUUAGUGAUAAGUAUCCGUGUCAAAGAAUCGAUAUCUCGUGAAUCAAAGGAUUGGCCCAAAAAACGCAUUGCCAUUGAAGAUCCCUACUCUGUAAAAAGAAAUGUGGCAAGGACCCUAAAUAAUCAACCUGUGUUUGAAUAUAUACUUCAUUGUUUAAGGACAACGUAUAAAUAUUUUGCUCUUCCACACAAAGUUAUGAAAUCCAGCCUUCCAAAGCCUCUGAGUACUGUCAGCUGUACUUCUGAACGUUCUAAAGAAAUAGCGAAACAUGAUCCAGAGGUACAAGCGAAAGGUGAUAAACUCAAAAACUCAGUUUUGGCUCAAGGUUCUGGUGCUGCCAGUUCAACUGCAAAGACCUGCAAGGCACAGCCACUUACUCUUAAAGAGACUGCUAAAAACUUUGAAAGCCCAUCAGCAGAGAAAAUGGAAAACUCACACAUCAGUGUCCACCUGGAAAACUCUGACUGUAUUAAGGCAAGAGUCAGUUCUAGUGACUCUAAGGACAUUGAAGUACAUCAUCAAGAAACAGGAAGUAAAAAUAAGAAAGAAAAAAGUGGAAAGGAAGGCAAGCAGAUGCCUUUGACUGCUGAUGAUCAAGCUUUAAGUAGUAGCAAGUGUGGCACGCUUGUCACCUGUGGCAGCCCAGGAAAUAAGGAGAAAGAUGCCAAUUUGGAUCUAAAAGGCUUCAGAAAUCCUAUAGCUAAAGAGUAUGAUGAAUUUCCUACUUCAUAUGCCAAGGCUGAUAUUGAUGAAGAAAGCAUAGAAGGUACCAGUGAACUCGGAGAUGCUGUAAGCCACUUUACCCCUUCAAGACAGAGCCAGAUAUCAGGAAUCCUUCACUCUGAUGAGGAAGAGGAGGAGGAGGAGGAGGAAGAACCAAGGCUCUCCAUUUCCCGAAGGGAAGAUGAGGAUGACAUUGCUAAUGGAGACGAAUUAGACAACACCUUCACUGGAUCAGGGGAUGAGGAUGCCCUGUCUGAAGAGGAUGUGGAAUUAGAUGGAUCUACUAAGUAUGAUGACUUGAAAGAAUGUGGAAAACACCAUGUAGAUGGAAAUCUUCUAAUGGAACUUAAUAAAAUCAGCCUUAAAGAAGAAAGUGUGUGUGAGGAAAAUUCAACUGUGGACCAGUCUGAUUUCCUCUAUGAAUUUAGUAAACUCACCUUCACCAAAGGCAAGUCUCCUACAGUGGUUUGCAGUUUAUGCAAACGAGAGGGUCAUCUAAAGAAGGACUGUCCUGAAGACUUCAAAAGAAUCCAGCUGGAACCUUUGCCUCCAUUAACACCCAAAUUUUCAAAUAUCUUAGAUCAAGUUUGCAUUCAGUGUUACAAGGAUUUUUCUCCAACUGUUCUAGAAGAUCAGGCACGUGAACAUAUUCGGCAAAACCUAGAAAAUUUCAUAAGGCAGGAGUUUCCAGGAACUAAAUUAAGCUUGUUUGGCUCCUCCAAAAAUGGAUUUGGGUUCAAACAGAGUGACCUUGAUGUCUGCAUGACAAUUAACGGACUUGAAACUGCUGAGGGGUUGGACUGUGUAAGAACUAUUGAAGAAUUGGCAAGAGUCCUCAAAAAGCAUUCAGGACUGAGAAACAUCUUGCCUAUUACAACAGCAAAGGUGCCGAUUGUGAAGUUCUUCCAUUUGAGAAGCGGUCUCGAAGUGGACAUCAGUUUGUAUAACACAUUGGCCCUUCAUAACACAAGACUCUUAUCUGCUUACUCAGCCAUUGAUCCCAGAGUGAAAUAUUUGUGCUAUACUAUGAAAGUAUUUACAAAGAUGUGCGAUAUUGGUGAUGCUUCUAGAGGCAGCUUAUCGUCAUACGCAUAUACGCUCAUGGUGCUAUAUUUUCUUCAGCAGAGGAAUCCACCAGUUAUUCCUGUCCUUCAGGAGAUAUACAAAGGUGAAAAGAAACCUGAAAUAUUUGUUGAUGGCUGGAAUAUUUAUUUUUUUGAUCAAAUAGAUGAACUGCCCAACUAUUGGCCAGAAUAUGGAAAAAAUACAGAAUCUGUUGGGCAGCUGUGGUUGGGACUUCUUCGUUUCUACACAGAGGAAUUUGAUUUUAAAGAACAUGUAAUUAGCAUCAGGAGAAAAAGUCUGCUUACAACUUUUAAGAAACAGUGGACAUCAAAAUACAUUGUUAUUGAAGAUCCGUUUGAUUUGAAUCAUAAUCUUGGAGCCGGAUUAUCAAGGAAAAUGACAAAUUUUAUAAUGAAAGCAUUUAUUAAUGGGAGAAGAGUAUUUGGGAUUCCAGUCAAAGGAUUUCCAAAGGACUACCCCUCAAAAAUGGAGUACUUUUUUGAUCCAGAUGUGCUAACUGAAGGAGAGCUGGCCCCAAAUGAUAGAUGUUGCCGCAUUUGUGGGAAAAUCGGACACUUCAUGAAGGACUGUCCUAUGAGGAGAAAAGUGAGGCGACGGCGAGAUCAGGAAGAUACCCUGAACCAAAGAUACCCUGAGAACAGAGACAAAAAAAGCAAAGAAGAUAAAGAAAUUCAAAACAAGUACACAGAGAGAGAGGUGUCAACAAAAGAAGAUAAACCCAUGCAGUGCACACCUCAGAAAGCCAAGCCAGUGAGGGCAGCCGCUGAGCCAGGGAGAGAGAAAAUCCUCAGGCCACCAGUGGAGAAGUGGAAGAGACCGGAGGACAAAGACUUAAGAGAAAAACGUUGUUUUAUUUGUGGACGAGAAGGGCACAUUAAAAAGGAAUGCCCUCAGUUUAAAGGCUCUUCAGGUCUGUCUAAAUCAGAUUGUGUAUUUGGAUCCCCUUCUUCACAAAACCCUUUGAGACCAGCUGGCACAUUUGUUCAGGCAGUGCUUUUACAUGAAGACCAAAAGAAACAAAAAACAUCUAUAUUUUUGAGUCCCCAGUCAGUUACAGAGAAUGAAGAGGCCAAGCCGUCUGUCCCAUCAGGUGUCAGUUUCUGAGAGAGAGCACUCCCAGAACCUUGGCAGCCUCCCCAGCCCCGCAGCAGAUAGAGCUCUUCCCUGCUGUCGCCAGCCCAGGCUGCAACAAGCCAGGGCGCAGUGGUCUCACCCUGGGAAAGCUAACGAAGCUCCAGGUGAAGGGCAUUUGGCCGUCUCUACUUCGAAUGUUAACAAGGAAAAUAAAUUGAAUUAUUAAAUUAUUUAAGUACUUCUGUUUCUAUUAGUACCAAGAUGAAUUAUCUCAAGUAUAUAAAAUGAUCUACUUAGAAAUAGGCCUUUAUUUUUAUAAUAUGUGAAUACUUUACAGUUGUGUUUUUUUAAUGAUUGGGAAAACCAUUUGAAAUGGCAUCAAGUUUCUCUACAAUCAGACUGAGGUAGAAUGUCGCAAAGAGAAACAGAAAUCUUCAAAGAAUUACCACCCUUACCCAAAAGGGGAUCAUGGUAUCCAUGAAAGGUGAAGACAUAGGAGAUUCUGUAAGAACAGGCAAGAGCAGCUCUUUCCUGGGAAGGUUUUGUAAUUGUUCUCAGUGGAAUGCAUGGACUUAAAAAUAAGAAAAGUUCUACUGGGAAAACCCUCAAAAUGAAAUGGAGCAAAAUGAGAAUGGGGUCUGUUCUGAGAGGAUUUGAUAGUGGGAGUGGCCAUGAAACAUGGAUGAGGAGAUUGACAAGCUGCUCUGGAAGCUCCUUCAGCAAAUGAGAGUGGAUGGGAGAGUGUGGGGCUGUUUCCCAUAGAUCCUCUGAGAGUUUGAAGGUCACAUAGUUACCAGAUGUAAAGAAGCGAAAAGACUGUUGUCUUUACAAGCUUCAGCCUUGAAUAGGUAUUUCCAGAACACUUUACUUAAGAAAAUACUGGUCCUUGCUUAGUUGCGAUUUGUUUUGUCAAAGGUAAGAUGUUUAUGAAUACCAGCUUUGCCGUCAGAUUGCGCGGUGUGAUUUGUAGCUUUGUGAUCUUAUCCUCCAUUGCUUCAGUUUCCUCAUCUGUUAAAUGGGAUAAUAAUAAUACUUAUCUUAUAGGACAGUUGCAAAAUCUAUGCAAAAGCACUUAGAACAGUACCUGAUGCUGUGAGAGCCUCUGCUGGUGGGCGCCGAUGGCGUUUGGUGUCCUGCAGGACAUCUGUCAUCAUUGCUUCUGCUAAAGAUUUUAUGCAUCUUGAAAGUAAAAUUUUAAGUGGGGGAAAAGUACAGAUGUUAGACAUAUACCUAGAAAUGGCAAUACCAAUUGACAGUAGGUUAGGAUUUCAGUAAAUUAUCUUCUGAGUGAAAGAUUUACGUAUUUAUAAAUCUUUUUAAUAACCAUAAAACUUAAGCUUACUACAGAAAAAAAAAGUUAUUGCAAUAAAGUUUGCUUUCUACCAGAAAAAAAAAUUUAUAAGUGGUUAAAACUUAUCUUUUCUAAUAAACUCCUCAAGUUAAUGACAACUAUUAAUACUGUCAAAUUUAUCCAUGAAAAAUUUACACAAGUUAUGUAUGUUGUUAUGUGAAAUGUCUCAACAUUAAGUAGGAUUAAGUUUCCAGAAAGCUCUUCCUUUUCACAGACUUUAUCUGUGAUGCAUGGGUGGUUUCCUGAGGAGAACCUGCUAGUGUGUACAGCCCCUGCUCUUCGGCAAUAGCUGAAUUGACCUUAGAAGAAAGAGGUGAGCUCCUCUGAGCUCCAGGUGUCCCGUUUAUAAAAUUGGCAAUAGCACCAUCUGUCUUGUGCUGCUGAGGUUAAAGCAGCCACCCACAUCCGAGUUCUCAUCCAAGUUCUCUUUCCUCUCCUGAUACUUCCUCCGUUCCACUAAGCUACAUACGGUUCUUGACUCUCAAAUGAGACAGCAGUAGAUGGGAAAUCCCACGAGUUUCCUUGCUCUCGAUUCCUCCCUCCGUCACAUACACACAGCUAACAGUGCCUUCGAUGUUCAGUAAGUUUCAUUGAUGAGAGGUGGACUCAUUUUGACAGAGUAAAGAAAAGUGGGAGAGUGAUCAAGAACAUGAGCUUUAAAGUCAGACUUACUCUGGCUUGACAUCCAACCCAGUCAUUUACUAGCUCCAUUACCUCUGUCCAGUUAGUGAGCCUCUCUGCCUCAGUGUCCUUGUCCAUAAACUGGGGCUAAUAUCUCACAGGGCAACUGUAAGGAUUAGUUUCAUAUAUGUAAAGCCCUUAACACCGUAUCUGGCACACAUCACUUGAUAAAUUAUUACUACUCUUAUUGCUGUAGUGAACAGAAAGUCUCCAACUAUGCUCUGACUGUCUAACUUCUAGGACAAAUAUAUAACAGAAGUUUCUAACAAAAGAGUAUGUGGAGAUUGAAGAACCAUAGUCACAAACUGUAUGAGAAUCUCAAGAAACUAACAUUUGUCUAUUUCUUAAUCCUCUACUGUUUUUGGAAAGAAAAUUACUUUUCAAAAGAAACUACCUCUGUGUCUUUGUUUAUUCCAUUUUAAUCCAAGGGUUUGAAAUCUUAAAUAUUGGAGAUGCUAUAAGAGAUUGGUGAAUAUCUUUUCUCCUUUAUGAUAAUGUAUACUUUUUUCCUUGACCAGGAUGUUAAAGCUUACUUAUUAAAAAACAAAAGCACAGUGGUCUUUAUGAUAGUAAAUUUAAAAUAAUAGAAGCACUUUUUGAAAACCAUAUGGGAAGAUCUUAUUAUCAGUGAAUAUAUAGAUUAUUGUUUUUCAUACCCUUCUUGAUAUUCCAAUAUAUGAACAUACAUUAUGUAUUUAACCAUUCUUUAUUAAUGGAACUAGUGCUUUUCAAAUAUUUGUUAUAUCAGUGUCUUCAAAACUUUUUUGCUUGCAUACUCGCUCCCAAAAUGUUGAACCACCCAUAUAUCUCCUUGUAUGUGUUUAAGUUGACAUCUAAGUUUUUUGUCAUAGUUGCAAAACAUGUAAUUUCUGGAGGUUUUUUUGGAAAAUAUUGGCAUUUUAAAAACAAAACUUUUAAAUCAGUCUUUUUAAAUGUAUCAAAUGAAAUAUAAAUAUUAUUGCAGAAAUUUUACAUCUUUUUUUUUCUCCUUGAAUUCUUUUGUUUCACUUCCAUGGAAUUUUAUCUUAAGAUGAUAUAUUUUUAUCAUAUAUAUUUCAAGCAUUUUAUUGACUGGCCGCAAAAGUGUUCAUAUAAAUUGAAUUUUUCAGCUUUUUGUUAAAUCUCAAAGUGUAAAAAUGUCUUCUAAAUUGUUUAUAGUUAUUAGAAGAAUAUAAUUGACCAAAACCAAUGUUACAAAUUUUGAUUAAAAAUUGCUUCCUAUGUUUACUUACUGAAAAUGACUUUCAUUUAAUUAGAUGAGACUUUUAUCCCAUGCAUUCAUUUAUUUUCAGAGUAGUACUACUUAAUGCACAAAUGAAACAGUGAAUCAUUUCUCUUCCUAAUCUUUUGUUUUAUACUUCAUAAACAUUGUGAAACCUCAUUAGUCUUUAUAAUAGCAAAUUACAAGGAAUAGAAAUAAGUCUUGGAGUCUGGGAAGGGAAGAUACAACAGUGCCACUCAGUUGUUUUCAUUCCUUUUUAAUCAAAUCACCGAAAAAUCACAUAAAUCGUAUCAUCAGAACUUAUUCUGAUGGUUAUCAACUACCAGUUAAUUUUAUGAAAGCUAAAAAUUUGGGUUUUUAUUAGAUGUAUUCACAUGUUGCUACAGAUCCCAGCAUUUUGUGUGCUUCUCUGCCUCCCAAGGCUUUUUCUUUUUCACUUAGGGUAAUGUGCCACAUUAAGAGGUGAAUGGUUAUAACACACGUGUCUCUCUCUGUCUUGUGAAAGGGUAAAGAGAAAGUGGUAUGAUUCCUGAGAACCACCCCAAAACCUGGGCGACAAAGACAUUCUCAAAAAGAACUCAGAUAAAAAUUGAAGCACUGUGGUCAACUCUCUCAAAACUCAACCCACUUGUCCUCUUAAGCUAUUCAGGAAUAGCUUAAUACCAUGUACCCAAGGUUGAAGACCACUGUCUAUAUAAAACACUGCAAUGUCAGUUUGCAUAUUUGUCUAGUUAUUUCCUCAGGAUAAAUUCCCACUUAGGAGAAUAAUAGGUUUAAAAGUAACCAUAUUUUGACAGCGAUACCAAUAAUGCCACAUUGUGAUUGUGGACAGUUUCAGAGAGUCAGUCACAAUUUUCCCAUACCCUUGCUUCAUUUAGGAUAGUCUUUUUUGCCAGUCUGCUUGAAGUUCUGUUCUUGCCAUUGAAUUCUAACAAUUUUCCACAUUUUCAUUUGUAUUUCUUCAUGUUACAUCUUGGUAUUUUUGAGUAUUCAUUUUUGUCUUUAGUUCUUUCUACUUAGAAAUUUAUUCAUGCUUUGUCAAAUAUGUUAUAGUAUCCAUCAUCAUCACCAGUUUAUUAUUCUUUCAACCUCAUUUAUGAUUUAUUUUGCCAUGGAUACAUUUGUUUUAGUAGUUUGAGCUAGCCAACUGUAUGGUAGUUUCAAGUCAUGCUUACACAUUUUUAAGAAUUUCAUGUUCUUCCCCCAGAUUACAUAAAAAUUCAUAUUUUAUUUAUAGUAGUUUUAUCUUUUUUUCUUGACCGAACCGUGCAGCAUGCAAGUUCUUAGUUCCCAACCAGGGGAUCAAACCCUGCAGUGGAAGCACAGAGUCCCAACCACUGAAGCAGGGAAGUCCCAUAGUUUUAUCUUUUUGUGUGUGAAUUUUUUUACAUGAAGCUUCUUCAGGUAUGUUGAGAUUUUUAUAUACAUAGAUACACACACACCCAUAUAUAUAUAUAUAUAUAUAUAUAUAUGUAUGUAUGUAUGUAUGUAUACAGGGGACUACAUGUUUAAGUGAUAAGUAAUAAAACUAAAAGUAUUCUUAGAACUGUUUCUUAACAUUUGGGCAAAAAAUUUUUUAAAGAUCUAAAUAAUAUAACAACUACUCAUCUACUAGAGAAUUGGCCUUAUUUUUUCAUAUUUUCUUUUCAGUCAUUUAUUAUUAAUAAGAAUUCAGGUACCCGUUCUUUUUUAAACUCUUAAUAUGUAUCCUUUAACAUGUAUAUACUUUAAUAUACGUAUCCUUGGUGAAUUUUUAAACUUAAAUGACUCACACUGUAUAAUAUGAAUGUUUUACAACUUGCCUUUUAUAUCUAACAAUGAUUUUGAAAUUUAUAUAUGUUGUAUAUGGAUUUAGUCUCUUUACAGUAUUGCAUCGUAUGAAUACAGAAUAUUUUAUGUAAACAUCACCUAGUACAUGAGCAUUUAGAUUAUGUCUGGUGUUUUGCUGUUAUAAGCAGUGUUGUAGUGAACACUCUUCUGUGUGUCUUCUUGAGCAUAUUUGAGAGAUUCUAUAGGAUUUGAGUAUUUGAGCAUUUUCAUAUGUGCAUAUUUGCCUUUUCAACUUAAAUACUGUCAGAUACCCCCUAAUUGGCUGAAACAGUUACCACUUACAUCAACAGUGUUUAUUCAUACAAAUAUGAUGAGUGAAAAAAUACUGUGGUUUUCUAAUAGAUAUAUAUAUAUAUAUUUUUUUUUUUUACUCUGGUGAUGCUAAGCACCUUUUUAUAUGCUUACUGGCUGUGAAUACCAUGUAUUUAUUAUUACAUACAUUCUAAAUGUUUUCUUCCAGUAUAUCUUGCCUUGUACCACUUCAGUUUUUAAUUUUGAGAUAAUUAGAUGAUUGGUUUUCCCUGAUUAGUUUUCAUGGAUAUGUGAUUCAUGAUUUUAGGGUUGUCUUUCAGAAAUUUUUCCCUCACCUGAAGUUGUAAAGAUAUCCAUCUGUAUUUUUUUUCUAAUAGCUUUAAAACUUUAUUUUUCUUAUUUAGAUCUUUAUUCUAUCUGGUUGUAUGUAGAAUAUGAGGUACUGAUGUAAAUUUUUGUCCCUUAAGUGAAAAGCCUUUCCUCAGUACUUCAUGAAGUUUAGAAUGUCAAAGACAUUGACCAAUAGACAAUUUUUGACCAAUAGACAAUCUGUGGUAUGAAUAUAGUAUUUAUACUCAUAGAGUGCUUUGAUUCUUCCUGCCAUAUCACUGAUUUUUCACUGAGUUGACUCUCAGGAUAUCUUGCUUUGGAAAGUUUGCUUUUGAGGGGGCAUAAGUUUGUUUGCAUACUUAAUAAGUUGACUUUGGACAUUUUAGAAAGUAUAGUUUAGACAAAUUGAAAGUAAAAGCCAUUUAUACUUGUCCCAUUUUAAAGCAUUAACUAUUAUUUCAGUUUUGGAGAUAAAAUCUUCUCAUCUUUUUACAUCAAUGUAAUGAUAAUAGUUAGCAUUGAUUGAGCACUUUCUGUGUGCCAGGUACUGUUCAGUUGUUUUACCUAUAUUAAUUUAUUUAAUCUUCACAGUAACUCCAAGGGGAUAGGUAUUAUUGUCUUCAUUUUACAGAUAACCAAAAUGAGGCAAUACGUAUUUGAUUAGUGGUGUUUUUCAAAUGUGUUUUUUUUAUUAAUUUUUAGUUUUAAUGAAAAUACUAUUCAUGAGGAUUUAUAACCUUCAUUUUUCAUGUUAUUAAUUAUCCUUCUCUGCAUACCUAAUAUGUUAUUGUGUUUAUAAUUAGGCAUAUCACAAGUUCUGGACAUUUGUGUUAUUUGCAUGCUUUACAAGGUUUCUGUGGUUUAUAUGAAUAUUCCGUUAGCAAAAUUUCUGCACACCUAGCUGUCCUUCUGCUCUUCCUUCAGCAGUUAGUGGUUAAGAAUUGAUACCUUGUUUUACUUUGCAUUUCUUUGAUUACCCACUGAUAUUGAUUAAUUUUUAUCUACUUACAUACUUUUUUUUCUCUUUCAUAUGUUGCUUUUUCUUUCACCAGCUGUCUAUUAGUGUUUGUCUUUUUUCUAUGAAUUUGUAAUUUCUUUAGUGCUAAGAAUAGAAAGCCCUUUUAAUAAGUAAAGCAUAAUGCGGUAUACUUAGGAAACUCUUUCCCCACUCCAAAAUAUUCACUACUUCUUACACUUUGACUCUCUCAUAUUUAAUUCUAUAAUUCAUUUGAAAUUAGGUAAGGAGGAAAGGUAUGAUGUGAGGAAGGAAACUUAUCUAUCCCUUUCCUUCCAAAAUUACUUGUUUGACACAAUACCAGUUAGUGAACAAUCCAUACUUUCCACCAUUGGCUUGAAAUGUGUAUAAUCAAUGUGUGUAUAUCCUUUGCUAGAUACUACUUUCUUGUAAGUGAUCACUUAAGAAUUUGUCAAUUUCCUUGUUUCAUUGAACUGCUUGUUUUGACUCCAGAACAAAAUCUAUUAACUGUUCUGUGGUGUGCAUGUAAUUAGCAGUCCUCAUUUCUGUCCUUCAGCUGUAAAUACAAUAAAUUUCCUUUUUUUUCUUUUAAA